UGUCCGUGUGUCGCCCGCUACUCUCUUCCAUUGCCCUUUCAAGGAUCUUGCAGUCGCCUGUAAAGGUCACCCCCCCUCCAAGCCCCCGUCUCCUGCUCUACAGGUCGGGAAUCUAAAGAUGCUCUGCAGAGGGGGAGGGAGGGGUGUGGCAGAUGGCUACUAGAAAUAAUCAUAGAAUGCCUAGGAGGUGAUUUGCCCGGGGGGGGGGAGAGGGACGGAGCCAUCCAAGGAGGAAGGCGCAGAGCCUUGAGUGACCAGCUCUUCCACCCUAAGCCUCGUGGGAAUCCAGAUCGUUCAGCCCUCAGCUGAGCCCCAUGUAUACGCCGGAGCUGCCCGACAGCGCCGUGGUGGGGGCCGGCGCCGGCCUGGUCAAUCAGGCAGUCCUCAUUGAGCAAGCCAGGCACGUCUGUCUUCUAUUGUUGAGGGCAGCCGCCAUGCACAGGCUGCGCGGGGGACCGAUGUGAGAGACCCGAGGAAGAUGGCGUAUGUCCAGUUGGAACCAAUAAAUGAGGGCCUGUUGUCUAGAAUCUCGGAUCUCCUGCUGUGCAGAUGGACUUGCCGGAAUUGUUACCAGCAGUGUUAUGACUGCAGCUGUUGCCAGUCGAGCGAAGAUGAAGUGGAAAUCCUGGGGCCUUUUCCAGCACAGACCCCUCCCUGGUUGGUGAGCAAUCGAAGCGACGACAGAGAUGGGGACUCAGACAACACCACGACAAGUGAGCCCCCUCCUACUCCUCAGGAUGCUUCACUGGACAUAAGGCGGUCAUCUUCUGAUACCUCCCGAUCCACUUACAGCCUCACAAGACGAAUUUCGAGUCUAGAGCUGAGGCGUCCGAGUUCUCCACUUAUUGACAUCAAGCCUAUUGAGUUUGGAAUUUUGGGAUCCAAAAAGGAAAUAGUUCAACCAACCAUCCUGAGGAAAACCUAUACUCCAGAUGACUAUUUUAGGAAGUUUGAGCCAAAACUAUAUUCCCUUGACGCCAACAGUGAAGACAUGGACUCCUUGACGGAUGAGGAGGUCUUAGCCAAGUACCAGCUGGGAAUGCUGCAUUUUAGCACACAAUAUGACCUCUUGCACAACUAUCUCAUUGUCAGAGUGAUUGCGGCAAGGGAUCUGCCUCCUCCAAUUUCCUACGAUGGCUCGAGGCAGGAUAUGGCCCACUCAAAUCCUUAUGUAAAGAUCUGCCUCCUGCCGGACCAGAAAAACUCUAAGCAGACCGGAGUGAAACGCAAAACCCAAAGCCCGGUAUUCGAGGAGAGGCACACAUUUGAUAUCCCAUUUUUAGAAGCCCAACAAAGGACCCUGCUCUUAACCACAGUGGAUUUUGACAAAUUUUCACGCCAUUGUGUCAUUGGGAAAGUGUCAAUGCCCUUGAGUGACGUGGACCUCGUGAAGGGUGGACAUUGGUGGAAAGCUCUGGUCCCCAGUUCUCAAAAUGAAGUUGAGCUGGGAGAACUCCUGCUGUCGUUGAACUACCUUCCCAGUGCAGGAAGACUGAACGUUGACAUCAUUCGAGCCAAACAGCUGCUUCAGACAGAUAUGAGCCAAGGUUCAGAUCCCUUUGUGAAGAUCCAGCUUGUUCAUGGGUUAAAACUGGCAAAGACAAAGAAGACCUCUUGUAUGAAGGCCACCAUCGAUCCCUUCUACAAUGAGUCCUUCAGCUUCAAAGUCCCCCUAGAAGAGCUUGCAAAUGCCAGCUUAGUCUUCACAGUCUUCGGGCACAACAUGAAAAGCAGCAACGACUUCAUUGGGCGGAUUGUGAUUGGCCAAUACUCGACAGGCUCCCCGGAAUCCAAGCACUGGUGGCGGAUGCUCCACUCCCACCGCACUGCUGUGGAGCAAUGGCACACUCUCCGGUCGCGGGCUGAAUGCGACCGGGUCUCGCCGGCUUCUCUGGAGGUGACGUGAGGACGCCGACGCUUCUCCUGCUGCUAACGAGCAGAUCUAUACCAGACGAAUCGCACACGCACAUCCGCACGCACACUCUUGCACAUAAUCACAGUGGAAUCGACAGCAACUGUUAAUGGCCCCUGGCAACAAAACCGGUUGCUUUGUAGCCUCCGUGCCUCGGCUACCUUUUCUUUCAUGUAUUCCAUUGAUUCUUUUACUCAGGAUCUCUAACAACCUGGCACGUAUCAGCCGCUGCAUCCAAAUCAAAAGGUCCCGAUGUCAUUGUGUAGGAGACUGGAACCGGUUCAUAAGGUUGUCUCUUAGUACAUUUUUCAGAAUUCCUUUGUUGCCUGCUGCUGUGUUAUGGUCUAGUGCAGAUCACAGGCUGGUUAGCGGCGGAGACGCCUGAGUUAGGUAGAAGCUUUACACACUUGCCUGUACUGCACCUGCUAUGUGUCUAUGAGCCAUUGUAUCAGAAGAUGUCAGAUCCUGUGUGUGCUCUUUGGUGAAUGCGUGGUAGAUUACUAGGAUGUUCUUUUAGCAGUUAAGAGCGUGUGGUGUAAAACCCAGUCUUUUGUCCUUGUACUCGCUUAAUGGAAUCAAAUAUGUGUGCUUAUGUGUCUGGAAUGGCACGGAGGCAACAGCCUCUUUCAUAUUCGCUCCCGCACGUUAACAAUCCGUCAAAUGUUACAUCACUGAAGAACUGCUGGUGUUCUGUUAAUAAAACUGUAG